CACCACCGGGGGCGGGCUCAGCGCCGCUUCCUGAGGCGGCGGGGCGAGCCCGCGGCGGGGCCCGGGGCUGGCGGGCCGGGCAUGGGGGUCGCCGGGCCGGGGUGGGGGCCCGCGAGCCUGUGGGUGACGCUGGCGCUGGCCUGGAGCGCGGGAGUGGCUCUGGCCGCGGAGGAGCCGGCCGAGCCGUGCGGGGCGGAUGGGUGGGCGCAGGACGCCGUCCCGCCGGGCGCGGCCUUCGUCGCCGCCGCGUCGUACCGAGGGCCCGGCAACAACGACACGCGGAGCAACAAGGCGCUGCCCAUCCUGCUGUGGUGGAGCGGGAGCCUCUUCCCGCACUUCCCCGGCGACACGGAGCGCAUCGACUGCCCCCGCGGCUCCUGCCUCGUCACCCGGAGCCGGCGGGUGGCCCGGCACCGCCGCACCAAGGCGCUCAUCUUCUACGGCACCGACUUCAGGGCGUACGAGGCGCCGCUGCCCCGCCUGCCCCACCAGACCUGGGCGCUCUUCCACGAGGAGUCCCCCAUGAACAACUACGUGCUCUCGCACUCGCCCGGCAUCCGGCUCUUCAACUACACGGCCACCUUCCGCCGGGAGUCCGACUACCCGCUCACGCUGCAGUGGCUGCCCGGCACCGCGUACCUGCGGGCCCCGGCCGUGCCCCUGGCCGAGAAGGACGCGUGGCGGCGGAAGGGCUACGGCCCCGUGCUGUACAUGCAGUCCCACUGCGACGUGCCCUCGGACAGGGACCGCUACGUGCGGGAGCUCAUGAAGUACAUCCAGGUUGACUCCUAUGGUAAAUGCCUGCAUAACCGUGAGCUCCCCAGUGAGCGACUGAGAGACACUUCUACAGCCACUACAGAAGAUUCUGAAUUUAUGACUUUUAUUGCCAGGUACAAGUUCCAUCUGGCCUUGGAGAAUGCCAUAUGUGAUGACUACAUGACAGAGAAGCUGUGGCGUCCCAUGCACUUGGGUGCUGUCCCUGUGUACCGAGGCUCCCCAGCUGUGCGGGACUGGAUGCCAAACAACCUCUCCAUCAUUCUUAUAGAUGAUUUUGACAGCCCCCGAGAGCUGGCAAAGUAUCUUGAUUUCCUGGACAGGAAUGGAGAGGAAUAUUUGAAGUAUCUAGAAUAUAAAAACGCCGGUGGAAUCAAAAACCAGUUCUUGCUAGAGAGCUUGGAGAAGCGGGAGUGGGGUGUGAAUGACAUGACUCUGCCCAAUUACCUGAAUGGCUUCGAGUGUUUCAUCUGUGACAAGGAGAACACCCGGGUCAAAGAGGAGCAAGAACACAAGAAGUCUCAUGGAAAAAUUCCAGCUCCCAGACCUCAUAUAGCUCAGUUCAAGCACAUGGGAUGUCCUAUGCCAACCCCCGGGUUUGGAAGUGUUGAAGACCUCGCUGGUGGAGACAGCUGGAAAGAAAUGUGGCUGCAGGAUUAUUGGCAAAGCCUUGAUCAGGGUGAGGCCCUCACUGCUAUGAUUCAUCGCAAUGAGUCUCAUCAGGGAAGAUUUUGGGACUACAUGCAUGAGAUUUUUCUGAAGAGAACAAGGCAACACUGACCCAUCUUUGUAAGAGCUUGAUUUGAAAAUUGCAUUGAAAGUUGAGACUUUGAAUUCUUACUCGCUUCAAAUGUUUGCCUUGAAAAAACAAAACCAAAAAAACUCUCACAGAGACAAUUUUUUUCUGGUGCACGAAGUGAGUAAGUUUCUGUUAUGAUUGGAUUUCAGCAGUGGAAAUGUUAGUAACUGCUUUGGCUUGAGUUUCAGCUCUGUGCUGUGAAGCCACUCCUGGCUUGCAGGUGUCAACAUGUGGGGCAAAAGAGGAAUUUACUCUCCUUUUGCAUUUACUAUACUUAUAUUGUGUCUUACAUGACUUCAGGCUCUUGCUCAAGUGCCCUAAGUUAUUUCAGGGAUUUUUUAAGGCUUCAGAAUAUUAGUUGUUUUUUAAAGUAUUUUAUCAAUCACAUAUUCUCUUCAUUAAGAUGUACUUUUAGUUGCAAUUAACAAAUGGCUUUUCCAGUGAAGGAAUUACAAAAGACACAUCUGUGAAGAGCAAUUGUGCCUUAUGAAAUUGCUGCAAUAAAGUCUCUUCUCCCCAAGUAACAUGCCUCAAAUACUCCUCCUUUUCAAGCUAACUGAAUAACUAUGGGGAGGUCACUUAACUCUCUGCCUAAUUAUCCUAUUUUGAUGACUUAGAAGAUCAUGUGUACAAUGGGAUGGGAGAACAAAUUAUUUAAGUUGCAACUUUCAACCAAGUACUUCACACCGGAAAGUGUAUUACCUAGUAUUGUGUAGAACAAAAUAAAAUUCUGUGCUUUGGUUCUUUUAAGUUUCCAUCAAA